AUGGAUAAUAGAGUUAUUAAUGAUGAAGAAACGUUUUAAGAGUUCAAGAAAUAAUACCUUGAACAGAGUCACUCAAAAAAGUAUGAAGUUGAACUAACUAAGAGUUGCUCUGAGUAAUCUAGUCCUGAUUUAUAAAUUAGGCAAAAAUAAGAAGAGGAAAAAAAAUAAGGAUAUAAAUUAAUUGAAAAACUACAGAAUUCAUAAGAAUAAAACAAUUUUAUCGAUUAGCUACUCCUGCCCUUUCUACUCGAGUAGAUCAAAAUUAACAAGGCUGACUUCAUUGAUAAAAGUAUCAGCUUUUACUAGAAAAAUAGAUAAGAGAAUGAUUUAAAAAUGAUUGAAUAGCACUCUGAUCAUUUAAAGGCAGCAGCAUUCAUGAAAUGCUAACAGUUGGCAAUUGAUUUGAUUAAUUCUAAAAACAACUUUAGAUUGCCUUCUGUAGCUUCGCAUCAAUCUCUUCAAGCUUAAAUACCAUUAGCUUCCAAUAUUUCUCGUUAAAACUCUCUUGCUCCAUCAAUGAAUCAUCGUCAACCAUCUUUUAAUAGAGGAGAUGUCACUGAUAUAAGAAACACUGAUUCAACGAUUUAAAUUCAACAAAGACGUUAUAGUAGUAUAGUCCAACCUGACAAUAUUCGGUCUGCUAGAGUAACAAAUGUUGGGUUUCAAUAGCAAAGAGUGUCACUUUCGAGAUUAGCUGGUUUAGAUCAAGAAAGGGUAUUCCGGAAUUAAUUAUAGGAAGAUCUUGAGGAAAGAUUCAAUCAAACCUUUGAUUUAAGGUAAAAAGAUAAUGGCAUGAAUCCCUUCGAAAACUAUGUAUAAUAAUGA